AUGAACACCUUCAAACCGCGGUCCCGAGCCGAUGCAGGGUGGUUCUCGGUCGGUGUCGCUUCGUCUUUCCCCGAUUUAGGGUCGGAUGAUGGCAACCUCUCGGAUCUUCGCUUCUGCAGCACAGAUCUCCAGCCGGGAUGCAAGGUCUUUCACGCACCCAAAACAAACGGCUCUACGCCGCAGGCCACUGAGGUGCCCAUUGGGACAGACGAUAUCCAGAGUGCCGAAAUGGAGGCGGAUCUGAAAGACCAGGUCCUUGUGUUCAGGUUCAAAGGAAAGUUUCAUGCGAUCGACCAUAAAUGCCCACAUUCGUCAUACCCGCUUUCUCAAGGUGUACCUUUUGACAUUGAGGAUUUUGGUAUAGUUCUUAGCGCUGGUAUAACGUGCCCGAAGCAUAGCUGGUCAUUUGACCUUUUCUCGGGAAUGUCAGAUCGGGCUCGGUAUAAACUUGGCGUUUGGGAGGUGCAGCUGCGGGACUUUACAGCAUCGGAAGCUUUGAUUUCGAUAGAUGAUGUUGCAGAGAAAGAAGUUUGGGUGAGGAGAAAGCAGAGAAUUGGUUAG